GUCCAUUUCGUCAUCAAGCGUCGAGCUUGUGCCAGUGCUGUGAGUGAGCUCCAAUGACUUUUUUAAUUAAAAGAAGCAAAAAUGGAUAAUAAUAGUAGUAUGUUACAAUUAUGCAGACUGUGUUUAGUUAAGGACGAUGUUAAUAUACCAAUUUUCGAGGAACAAGGUGAUAUUAGGCAAAUAUUUCUGAAAAUUAGUUCGUGUCUACCGGUGAAGCUAUCCCGUGACGACCGACUGCCUAAAAAAAUAUGUGAUGGAUGUUCCUAUAAGUUAGAUAUGUUGUACGAAUUUUGGAAUACGAGCGCGAAUGCGGAAAAACAGUUGUUAACAUGGCUGGGCGAAGCUGGCAUGACGUCGAAAAUGACUGACGGGACGAUUUCGGCUGUGGCACAACAAAUCAAACCCGCUGACGCGUUCGUCAAACAAGAAACAAUAGACCCGCCCGAUAUCCGACACGAAGACGACCACGAUGACAAAAACUUUGUAUAUAACGAGAAACACGAGGAGAAUGCCAGAAAUAAUGCAGACGAACCUCCUCCGAAAAGGGCGCGACGGACAGCCGCCGUUAAAGCUGCCAUUGCCAUGGACCAGGAUAGCGAUGAUGAUGAUGACUCAGGGGAACCAAUGACUAAAAUGGAAGACGAUAGUGAAGAUAGUGAUAACGAUGAUCAGGAACCAUCGUUUGCUGAUGUACCUUCGACGAGUGCUGAUGAUCAACCAGGACCAUCUGGAGUUAAUAAGGAUGGAGUUGAAGCACCAUGCUGGAAAUCGACGAAUUGUCCUCAGAGUUUAUUCGAAAAUUUACGAAAUCUGGACGUACUUUUUCACAAAGUACUGUACUGUUCGAAAUGCACUGAUUUAUACACGAUCGAUCACAAAUGCUCUCGUUCGAACAUACAAUGUGCAUUUUGCAAAAAAUCGUUAGAAAACGUAGACAUCGUCAAGCACCAGUGCUUUAGACACCUCCUUAACAAAAUCGAAUCGGACGAUGCGAGAUCCGAAAUCAAAGGAAAACUCAAAAGAAAACCUCCAAGGCAGAACCAAUCUACUAACACCAGGCGGAAAAAUCGAUGCAGAGAUUGCAACAUAAAAUUCGAAUCGAGAAACAGCUACCGCAAGCACAGGUAUCAGGAGCACAACGAAGAGAAGUACAAAAUCUGCACGUUGUGCGGCAAGAGCAUCGUCAGUUUGAGCCAGCACUUGAAGGGCGUCCACGGCAAUCCGGACAGCUUCAAAUGCUCCAAAUGCGACAAAAGCUUCUCCUGCAAGAAGCACCUGCAGCGGCACAUGCUGGUGCACAGCGACUCGUACAAUCACGUGUGCACCACCUGCGGAAAGGGAUUCAAAACCUCAUUUUCUAUGAGAGUCCACAUGAGGUCCCACGACGAAGUCAAGCCUUUCGAAUGCCCCGUUUGCUCGAAAACUUUUACCACUAAACAAUGGAGAGAUAAUCACAUGAAGACUCAUAGAUAGAAUUGAAUGGACAUUUUGUUAUCGAAU